AUGGAUGUGGAUUUGGCUUUUGCUACAGUGACUGUAGAGUCUAAUAAUGGAAUGUGCACUCUAGAAUUACAUCAUGGGGGUUGGUUUGAAAACGAGGUUUAUAAGAACGGUAAGGUCUGUUAUUUGGAUAAUAUUAUAGAGGAUUUUCUAUCCUUGUUAGAUUUACUGAAAAUUGGGAGAGGUCUUGGGUAUGAGGUUGACAUUUCUCAAGUUGAGCAACGUUUGGACAUUAGGUGUAAAAAUCCUGAGGGUGGACUGGAGCUUGUUACAUCAGAUGCUACAGUGGUUGAAAUGGUUGGUCACAUACCAUCCAAUAAGGUUGUUGUGUUAUACUAUAGUGAGAUUGAAGACUAUGAGUAUGAUGCAAAUGCAGAGAAUUGUGAUGGGGAUUUGACUCAGAAUUAUCAAGUGAACGAGGUGGAUUAUAUUGAAGUUGAAGAUGAGGAGACUUUUGAGAAUGUUGGGACAAAAGUGGCAAAUGAAGAUGCUGUCAAAGAGGUACCAAAUGAAGAUGCAAGGGCAGAGUUACCAAAUGAAGAUAUAGGGGCACAUUUCACUAUUGAUAAUGAAGGAGUAGAAUUACCAAAUGAAGAUAUAGGGGCACAUGUGGCAAUUGAUAAUGAAGGGGAAGAAUUGCCAAAUGAAGAUGAAGAUGCAGAUUCAGAAAUUAAAGACAGUGAUUAUGAGUUCAGUGAAAAUGAGGCAGAGGAUAGGCCAACUGUGGGAGAGAAUAUAGUAGAUGAGGGGACUAGUUAUGGUGCUCUAGGAGAGGUGUCAUCAGAUGGUGCUGACACGUCAGAAUUUGACAGUGGAAGUGGGACUGAUUCUGAGGGUAAUGGUAGAAGAAAGAUAAAACUGCCAAAGUUUAAGCAGUAUAGAAGAGAUGUGGAUUUGAAAAAUCUUGAGUUUAGAUUGGGAAUGAAGUUUGCAAACAAAAAACUACUGAUAGAGGCUAUCAAGGAGCUUGUAUAUGGAUCAAAGAUUAGUAGAGAGGAAGGGACAUUUGCUAUAAAAACUUUGAGCCUAGAACAUCAGUGUGGAAGAGGGGACAAGCUUAGGCAUACUACAUCAAAAUGGCUUUGUGACAGAUAUGCAAACAAGUUGAAGCGCAACUCAGACUUUGAUCUGAUAUCAUUUCAACAAGAUGUGUUGGAAGAUUACAAAAUAAAUGUCACCAAACUUCAAGUUUAUAGGGCGAACAGGCUAGCCAGAGAUUUAAAUGAAGGUACUUUCAAAGAACAAUAUGCUAGAUUGUGGGAUUAUGUAGAAGAAUUGAAAACUGCAAACAAGGGUAGUACAGUGAAGAUUAAAACUCAGAUUGUGAAGGGUGAGACAGUGUUUCAAAGGAUAUAUGUGUGCUUGGCUGCUUGUAAGAAGGGAUUUUUAGAAGGUUGCAGACCUGUUAUUGGUGUUGAUGGCUGCCAUUUGAAAGGGCCUUAUCCUGGACAGAUCUUGACGACUGUUGGGGUGGAUGGGAACAACGGUUAUUUCCCAGUAGCUUAUGCAGUGGUUGAUAUUGAGAGUAAAGACUCUUGGAUUUGGUUUUUCAAUCUUCUUAUUGAAGAUUUAGGGAUUACAAAUGAAAAAGCUUGGGUAGUGAUUAGUGACAAACAAAAGGGACUUGUACCUGCCAUUGAGAGAGUACUUCCAACUGCAGAGCACAUGAUGUGUGUGAGACACCUGUACAGUAACUUUAGGGCAUCAUAUAUUGGUCUUGCUCUGAAACAUAUAUUAUGGGCUGCAGCAAGAGCUACAACUGUGCCUUGGUGGGAGGCAGAAAUAGAGAAGAUGAAAAAUGAGGAUGAGGAAGCAUGGAAGUGGUUGAAGAAGAGACCUGCAAAAAAUUGGAGCAGAUCUCACUUCGAAUCACAUUUUAAAUGUGAUCUUUUGUUGAAUAAUCUAUGUGAAAGUUUCAAUGCAGCCAUACUAGAUGCAAGGGAUAAGACAAUUUUGAGUUGCUUGGUGAGGAUUGUAUGUGAUGCUUAG